AUGGAUGGGAAUGAGGGGAGGAAAUGGAAGGGGCGAGUGGGUGGGGAGGAGGAGGAGAGAAAUGGGGCAAGUAAGUGGGUAGGGAAAAGGGGAGAGGACCCCGCCCUGCCAGCUCGGAGCAGUCACGCUGACUGACGGCUUGGGGUUAACACCUCCUUCUAGGCGGCAGCAGAGCCUGGGCUGGCUGGUAAAGGCGGGGAGGGAGGAAGAAAGAGAGUGAGAGGGCCCGCGGUAAAGAGCAUGUGCUAGGGAGUCCAGUAACCAGGGACAACCACAGCAACAGAGCUCUCUUGGAAGAGAAGGAGGAGGAGGAAGAAGAGGAGGAGGAGGAAGAGGAGGAGGAGGAGGAGGAGGAGAAGGGGGAGAGAGGCUCCGCAGCCCCGCAGCCCCGCGCCCCCACGCCUCCGGGCCUCUUCCAGGAGCCAGCGCACACAGCAGAGCCCCGCGGGCGGGCGGCAGAAUUUGGGAGCUGUAGGAGGAGAGGGACUGAGGCUACCGCCCCCGGGCCUGCAGAGCCAGCUCCCCGCCGGCUGGGGAUGUAAAAGCCUUUCCGGAUCGUUGUCCCCGGCCUCGCUCGGAGUCCCUCCCGCAGCUCAGGGCGCGCAGUGCUCAGCUAGCUAGGACCUUGGUCCAGGACCGAGAGAGAAUUAGAGACAAAGACACCGUAGCGCCCCUCACCCCUGCCAGGUCCCUGCCACCGCCUGCCGGUCCCCUGCUCCGAGUCGGUGCAGGGCCGCCUAGGACGAGCCCCCGCGGCGGGACUGGGGAGAGCCGGCAGGGCCCGGAGCCGCUCCGGGGUUUAUGCCCUAGUCGGUUCGGGCCCGGCGGGGGACGUGGCCACAGAGAAUGGGGAAAUCCAACAGCAAGUUAAAACCUGAAGUAGUAGAAGAACUGACCAGGAAGACCUACUUUACUGAGAAGGAAGUUCAGCAGUGGUACAAAGGCUUCAUCAAAGAUUGCCCCAGUGGCCAGUUGGAUGCUGCAGGAUUCCAGAAGAUCUACAAACAAUUCUUCCCUUUUGGUGAUCCCACCAAGUUUGCUACAUUUGUUUUCAAUGUCUUUGAUGAAAACAAAGAUGGGAGGAUAGAGUUCUCGGAGUUUAUCCAGGCAUUAUCAGUGACCUCUCGGGGAACCCUGGAUGAGAAGCUAAGAUGGGCAUUCAAACUCUAUGACUUGGAUAAUGAUGGCUACAUCACAAGGAAUGAGAUGCUGGACAUUGUAGAUGCCAUUUACCAGAUGGUGGGUAACACUGUGGAACUUCCAGAAGAGGAGAACACCCCAGAAAAGAGGGUGGACAGGAUCUUUGCCAUGAUGGACAAGAAUUCAGAUGGAAAGCUGACACUGCAGGAGUUCCAGGAGGGCUCAAAGGCUGACCCCUCCAUUGUCCAGGCACUGUCCCUCUACGAUGGGCUUGUAUAGUCAUGGGGCCAGAGCAGGGAUGCCCACAGGCUACCUGCCUCCCUCUGUGCCAUCAGACCACCUCAGUAAUGAAGCUCAUCCACUUGUCUCUCUCCAGCCUUCCUUUACGCACAGCAGGGCUGCACUCAAAAUGUGAGGUCCCUUUCCCCUCCCAAUCCUUCUCACCCACCACAACCCCUUACUGUGCCCUGAAGUCACUCUCUCCAUUUGCCAACUUCUGCUUGUCGGGGGAAAAACAGCGGUGAUCAUCUGCAGACCAAGGACACCUACUGCAUCACAGAAGAGCCUCAUCGUUUCUCUCUCUUGCCCAUGCUUUUAUUUUUUAUUUGGAACAGACAUUUUUAAAAAUGCCCUUGUUCUAGAAAACAUAAGACUGAAGAAUGAUGAUGGCCUUGGAGUUAUUCAGAAAAACUCCAGCUUCCUUCCUUUUGGUGGCUGGAAAGAUUGUCAGAAAGAUAGAGCUUUGGUCCUUUGCUUGGGCCAGAUUUGUUUGGGAGAUGAUUGAUGUUUCUUGUCAUCUUGGUCUUUUAGCAGCAGAACAACCUGCGUGGCCUGGAUGAUUGAUUAUUAUUAUUAAUUAUCAUUAUUAUUUCUUGUGAUAUCAGUAUUGUGUUUUUUUGUGGGAAAGUGAAUUUUUUUAUACAUAUAUAUGAUCAAUAUCUUUAUUUAUUGGUUGUUAACUGUUGCUGCUGUCUGGUAUGUCUGAGCCCCAAGUGUCCAGGGGCAAAACGUUUACAUGUGCACGCGCGCCCCCAUGCUAGCUCAGGAGGACGGUGGCCCACAGUGGCCAAGAAGCCAAAAAUACUUUCCCAGAUACUGUGUUUGGUUUUUGGACUGGGGUUGGGGAUGACAUUCUUAAAAGGGUUAUAUGCCCAUCUCUCUUCCAGAUGCUUGCUUCCCUGGGUUCCCUUGCUUCCUCACUGCUUUCUCCUCUCCUUGAUCUUCCUCCCCCCAUUCCACUCCCCACUCCCAGCAUUCUUCUGCAUGACUCUCAUGCUCAUGCUCAGAGAGAGACCCCAGCUGUUUUUGCAUUCAGAUUUUCAUUUGGCCUGGAUGCCUUUCUUGCUUCUUGCUUUUGUGUCUUGGGCAGAUUAGAGAAAUUGAGUUUCUUGAAAGGUUGCACCAAAAAUGAUGUUUUAUGGGGAAAUGAAUUCUUUUAACAAAGGGCCUUUAGAAAGGGAAAUGCAUUGUAUUCACAGAAGAUUGAAGAGCUGCUGUUAGCCAAAAAUACAAAUACCCUUCUCCCUUUUUGGGAAGCUUGCAAAUGAUCCCUAAAACUUCCCACUUAGCACAUUCCUCCCUCAUCCCAUCCUUCCUUUCUCAAGGAAAGACACAGAAAAUUAAAUAUCUAUAUUCCUAGCUUACAUGUUGUAGACUUCCUUGGGUCUAGUGGCUGAAAACUUAUGGGGAAGGAAGUCUGUUCAGAGAGGUAGUUGCCCAUCAAUUUGACUUAAUUGAAUAUCCAUUUAUUUAACCCCUAGUAAGGGCAAGUGUGAUAGGUCCUGAGAAUACAAAGACAAAAACAAACUAUUCCUGGUCCUCAAAAGGGCUUACAUUCCACUGGAUCUAUCAGGCAGCAGCCUUUUAUCUCUUGGGGAAAGAUCUAAUAACAUAGUUGAAGGGAAAAAGUAGUGAAAUCAUGAUAUACUAGAAAAUGUUGCCAAAGCUUUUAAUGGAAAGGACAAACAGAAACCAGCCAGAAAAUUCCAUGGGUGAUGCCAUGUAAUUUUCUGUUUCCUUUGAUGUUUGAUGAAUGUCCUGCCAUCUUCUUUUUCCUUUGCCUAAAAUGGGGAGGAGGGGCAGCUGUUCACAGUUGUUAUUACUUUCCCUCUGCCAGAUGAUUGGGAGGUGUUAUGACUGGCCUAUAGGAAGCAUGCCUUAUAAACUCAGUCCUAUUGCAGUGACAACUAAUGUCAACCACCUAAGAAUUGGCCUGUUGGUCUUCCUGCUUUUCUUUCCCCACUGUCCCUGUCCUACUCUGCAACUACAGAGUUGGCUUUGGAAACAUCUGGCACCCAGCAUGAUUUGAUCAACAUCUGCCUUCAACUGAAAUCCUAGUCUCCUGCUUUGGGCAGAUUACCUUGGGCAUUUUGGAAGCCACAUCCCUUCCACCCUCUCCAUAGUUCCUUGUCCUUUCUGGCCUUCUCUGACAAAGAUAUCUCUUUUUGGGGAAAGGGCACCUUGGACUUGGUGACCAAUUACCCUAUCUAAACAAACCCCUACUAUUUCUUUCCUUUGAUACCUAGAGUUUUAAAACAUUCAUAGGAUUCAAACCCAAAGUUUCUCCUAAAGCCAGUUAUCUUUCUACUAAAAACCCCCAACCAGCUCCUUUCUUGGAAGUCUUGUGGUUUCUCCUUCCUGCCCCUUCUUAUGUCUCCAUCUCACUGCUGUUAGGAUGAUAUGAAAACUACAGCUAGUUUUGAUUCUUUACCCAGGUUUUCACCUCUUAGUUUAACUCCAGGAGAUUGAGUUUGGAGCCAGAAGAAUCUCAAGGCUUCAUUCUCUGACCUGACAUUUUCAAGGGUUUCCCUUCCUUUCUGUAUGAAUAUUCAUCUUAUACAGCUCAGCUUUGUUCUUCAUCCUCUCCUUCCCUCCAAGAACUUUGGAGGGAUUGGGUAUGAACAUGUUUGGGAGUUUGUUUUCUUUUCAAACUAAGGAAGACUCUUCCUGGUUCGUUUUUUCUUUCAGUCUUUGCCUAAUUUCUAAGAUGUUUCUUACCUUUCUCUUAGCUGUGAUGCUGGUAAGGAAUCUUCCUAAAUUCAACCAGAUGACUUUUUAAAGAAUUUCUUCGAUCAGAGAUUGAGUCACUGUUGUUUAAGCCUGCAUUCCUCCUGACCCAUUUCUGGGCUCUCUUAGCUCCCUUAUUCAUCUUAAAAUGGGUAGCACUUCUGUUGGCUAGCUAUGAAAAUGUUCUUCUGGCUCCAGACUGAAUGCUGGUGGCUGGGUUUCUAGGGCUUUUCAAUUGGCAGAGACAGCUGGGCUGGGCUGUAGAAUACUCUAUGGGAGAAACCUUCUCCCUCUUCAGCUCCCUGACCAGAUGUUAAGGACCACAUGAGACAAAAAAUUACCUGUGUCAAGCAGAGAGAGAGUGUAAUUUAGUGGAAAAAGACAGUGGGUAGGAAAAUCAGAUCAAGUUCCAUUUCUGCACCUGAUUUUCUGUGUGAUCUUGGGCAAGCUAUUUUCCCGUCCCUGGGCCUCAGUUUCCUUAUAGGUAAAAAUGAGGAGGUUGAACUAGAUGAAUCUCUUAAGGUGUUUUCUAGCUCUAAGGUAUCAUGAGUCUGAGCUCUACUGUUAUGUGAGAUGGAAAUUUGAGCUCAUAGUCUCAGGACACACAGAAAUUUUCAAGUCAUCCCUUAAUGUGACUUUUCUCUUGUUUCAUUCAGGCCAUUGGCCCAGGGCUCUAUAACAUCAAUCAAUAAAAUCUGGGUCCUCUGAUAGCUUAAGAAAAGCCCCCUAUCUGAAUUUUAGCUAACAAAUUGGGUCUGUUUUUUCAUUACUGUGCUCUGAAAUCUUUAGUCUGGGCAGGGCUGGUUAUUUGUCCAACUCUUUUGGGGUUUGGUUCUUUCAAAAAGAUGAGCAAUAACCAGCCAGGGUGGAUUAUGAUUGGUGGAAGGGCUAGAAAUGUUUGUUUCCUCCUCUACCCACUAAACAAAACUAUAUCAUAAAGCACUCUUUUCUUCUUUGUGAUUAAAAAAAAUCAAAAUUUUCAGCCCUCUCUUCCCCUACCCUCUGCAAUGCAAGGUCUACUUUGAUUGUGUUUUCACCAAUGGAAAGAGAAGGGAGACAGCUUAUAGGCAUGUCUUCUUGGCAUGGAUUUCAAACUUUUCAUUACCUUUUGAACUCUUCUCUUUUGGACCAUAUUCACACAAGCAAUUGGCCCUUGACAGACUAUAUCAUCUUUGGCAGAUGGGUCCAUGUACUAGGAGUUAGCUGAUGUGAGUGCUAUACAUCAUUUUAGUGUUUGAUGAAGCCUAAAAAAGUAUCUGAUAACUCGAUAUUUCCUGGUAAAUUGGGGGAAAGGAAUGGGAAAAUCGCUUAUGGCUCCUACUAUGUGCCAGACACUGUGCUGAGUGUUUUACAAAUAUUAUCUCAUUAGAAUUAAGAUUUCCUUUGGAUACACUAUUCCCACUCUAUCCCACUGGAGCUUAACUUUGGGAUAAGUUUCUUGGGGUCUUUCAGUGGCUACUAAGAGACUAGGGCCACAUAUAUGACUUGUGAAUGGCAGGAUUUAGAAAGGUUGUCCUCCAUUGCUGCUCUCAAAUUUUCUUGUAAAUAAUAGUGUUUUCCUCUUCUGCCCCCUUGUGAAAGGGAUUCUCUAUGUCUUGGCUCAUCAGAUGUGGUUUUGGAGGAAGGAGGUCUUGUCAUUCAUGCCUUUUUACAUGAGACCAUUUUUAUGUCAGGCGAGUCCUACUUGAGGUACCAGGGGUUAGGACAUGGAACCUUGAGAAUUGUGCUACCCCUUCCUUAAGUGACACCAAGCAAGUUGAUUCCCUUCGUUUUUUGUUUUUUUUUUAAAUUCAGUUUCCCCAUCUGUGAAGUGAGGAUGUUGCCCAUUUAUAGCAUGCCUUGAAAGAGACCAUGCUAAGUAUCAAGGGUUUUCCUGAACAUUAGGAUUCACAAUGAGUGGUAUGGAGCAUAUCUCUAUAAGGCUUUCCAUGCCCUCUUUCCUCUUGCUCUAUCUUUAGUCACAUGCAUGCCUCCUAAAGACAGCACAGUGCUUUCCAAAAAUCUCGUUCUUAUCUCGCUGGUGGAGUUGGGGUCACUAGUUAAAUAUCCUUGCUCCAAGUUGUGUAGUAAUGCCCAUCUCGAUGAUAGAUUUCCAUAGAAAUCAUCAUUCCAGUCUUUCCCUAUUAUCUUCCUAUCUCAUCCCCCUAUUUAGCCUAGUUCCUUUCUCUUACAAAUCCCUUGGUCCACAGAUCCUUUAAGGAAUCUUUAUUUUGUGCUCCCAUCCCUGAAGGAAUUCCUUCCCCCUCUACUGUUGUUUUUUCUGAUUCCCGUACCCAUUUCAGAGUCCAGCUUCUCUGGAUUCUAGCCUCUUUGCUCACAAGUAACUGCCAUCUCUUCCCUGUGAUGCCCAGGUACUAGGAGGGAACUUUGAACCUCCAGGUGGGAAAGACUAGGACCCAUAUCAUGUGUUCUAAUGUAGCUGGGAACAAGAACUUUUAAGAUUCUGGGUUGUUCCCUUCUGUUUGUGUCCCUACCUCCACUGAUCCCUGGCCCCAAUCCUAGCCUUUGCCUCACAACAUGUCCCUUUCCUGUUUUUUUUGAUGGUGACUUAGGAGAAUUGCAUAAUUUUCUAGUGAUUCAAUAUUUAGCCAUGCAACAUUUCAAAUAAUGUUCAUCCAAAUGUACACAUCAUUCAUUCCUUCUAAAAUGCUUUUAAGUUUGACAGCAACCUUCCUUUUAAGACAGAUGUCAGUCUUUUCUUAAAGGGACACUGUCUUCUUGUUCUAGGAGGCAAGUGCUCAUGCUCAGUAACUCCAGCCCAGGUAACAGUUUCUUCCAGAAAGCUGCCUCUACUGUUGGCCUAGGAAAACUUGAGUCUUGGCUGGAAAGGAGUUUUGAGUUUUGGAGCAGGAUGCUGAGACCCAUGGACACUCCCUGGUGGUAAUUAAUAGUAACUACACCAUUCUUCCAGGGCUAUUGAUUCAUCUUGGGGAUAUGGAGUUAGUCAGCUAGGUGAUUUCUGCUGUUUUUACAGACAAGGAAGCUAGGGGUUUGGGUGGGAAGGAGACUUCGGUUUCAAAAUGCUUUUGGCUUCUGGUUCAAAUUUUCCUAUAAUGUCUCUUUCAAAGGUCUACUUCUCAACCCACCCCCAGGCUUGCUGCCACUUUCCCCCCACUUCCCCCAGGGAUGUUGGAGUUAAUUAGCUUAUGGUCACUGUGAUCUGAAGCCUUGCCCUUUUUUAAGAUAUCUGCAGAAUAAUUCCAAUGAUCGAUUUUUGAAUGAAUAAAGUUUUUGUUGAAUAAUGCAGCUGGUCCCAUCUUCUGUUGUAUAACCAUGGUCAGCCUCCCUGCCUGGAGUAAUGGAACCCCCACUAAGCCUGGUUGUUUUCUACUCUCCAGAGAUGGGGUAAAUUCAAGGUACCCUUUCCCUCCAUGAAUUCUCUUCCCUACUCCUCUUCUUUGGAUCAUAGACUCAGAUCUAGAGCUGAAAGAACCUCGGGGACCCUCUAGUCCAAUCCCUUCAGUUUCCAUCGAUGUCUUUUCUAAGUAUGACGGAUCACCCUACGAGGCAACAACUUCAGCAUAUAUUGGUUUCUGCCACUAGCUUCCUGUAUGACUCUAGGCAAGUCACACUCUCUGGGACUCCUGCCUAAUGGAAGUCAUAACUCCAGUCCCCCACCUGUUUCACAGGGUUGUUGUGGAAAUCCGCCAAGAUGAGAUGAUGGACAGGAGGGCACACUUUGCAAAGUCAAGAGUGACCUGUAAAUAGAGAGCAUUAUAAAACUGUGAUAGUCCUCCCCUCACCCCAACACCUUAGGAGUUUUGUCUUGGUUAGAAACAAACCAAGUGACUUUAAAAUUAGCAAAGUUUCCUGGGGGUGGCUGGGUUUUUCUUUCAUUUUUUUUGUUGGCUUGCUUGCUAGUCUCUGCCUUCUUCCCUGCUAGAGAUGCUUUCCUGCCUGAAACUGGAGUGUGUGUAAGUGCGUGUAUAUGUGCGUGUACGUGGGUGUAUGAGCGAGAUGAAGACAAAAAAGUGGUUAAUAUGGCUGUAAGCUGUUUCCAGUACCUUUUGUUACAGGCUGCCAGAUGUUAUGGAUGCUGAAUAUUACAGGUGCCUGUGUGGGCCAAAUUGCAUGCCUUCAUCCCAAUUGCCCCAAACCCUUCCCCGGUGCUCCGUGUUGUAUGUUGUCAGUGUCUCACCAAUUAAACACUACCUGGACUGUCCUCUUUUUCCCUUUGUGUGGACCUGUUGCCUUUUCCUUCUCUCUUUUUUUGUUUGUUUUGAUGUUUUUAAAGGUCUUUUGUGUUUUUCCCCCUCUCAUGAACUCUCUCUGUUCCUUGGAACAUUGUCUGGGUCAAAGUAGUUUCCUUUAAAAGAGAACCUGUGGAUCAAGAAAAGCCAGAUGCUAAAUGUCUGCUUGGGUUUGGAAGGAAUUGGAGUGAACAGAUUUUUGGUUUUGCUAUUCAUUACCUGUGUGAACUUGUUAGCCAUUUUAUUUCUGGGCCUCAGUGUCCUCAUCAGUAAAAUGAGAGGGUAGGAGGAGAUGGUCCCUAGAGUUCUUUCAAAAUCUAUACUGUAGCAUGACAGGGAUGCUGGAGAUCAUUGUCCGCUGGCGGACAGAAACCCUAACAGCCUAGCAACACUACUCCAAAUCUACUACAAUAAUAUGACCCCAGAAUAUCUUACCAAACUACAGGAAAAGAAUAUCUUUACCUCACAUUGUGGGAUAUAAAUAUUCCCAGUAUCCCAUAGCAAUUUGCUCAUCAGAGUGAAGAUGAUAACUGGAUGGGCUCCUUUCAGCUUGACUCCCCCAUUUUCCUUCUUGGUUUUGGGGUGAGCCUGAGAGUUGAGCCUCAUCCUUUGCCAUGGAUGUUGGAGGCCAGGAUUUCAGAGGUGCCAUCUCAAUCUUUUUCCUCCCUUCAUAAGGCCACACUUCUUUCUUUGGUAUCUGUGGUUUGCUCAGCUUACCCUUGCUGUAUAGUCCUAGUAGAAGCCACAAACCAAUGUGUUCCUGCCAUAAAGAAGCUAUCAAUCUAGUGGGGGACAUAGAUACACCUGUGAGUGAUCAGUAAGAGCUAAAUUGUGUGGUACAUGCAGAUUGACUCUGGUCACAAUUUUCUUGCUUUGGACCAAAGUUCUAAGGAAGAAUGCCUUCCCUGGAACAACUAGGCUGAAGGUAAAUGCUUUUGCAUCUAAGUGAGAAUCAGAUCAAGAUUUAGCUCAAAGUAUAGCCCCACUCCUGCUCAUCUGGAUCUCCACUUCCUUUUUUGGGAGGAAGAAUAACGCAGGGGGCCACCACAUCUUAUGAGUGAGUGAGUGAGUAUGUAUGUGUGUGUGAGAGAGACAGGCAGGCAGACAGACAGAAGGGAAAAAGGGUAAGUUGCCCAAGAACAGAAGCCUACAUGACAUCAGGCCCUUAAUGAGACCCCUGGAAAAAAAAAGGAGGGGACAUUUGUCAGGCUCCAUGGACUAGACACAAUUCCCACUCCUAUUCCUUGUUUGAUUAAUCAGCUGGGCAGACACAGUAAAGGCCCUUUGCUAAGACAGAAAGGACUGUGAAGAUUCCCUCACAUGGACAAUUAUAUAUCUUUAUAUCCUGGGUGAAAGAUCUUUGGUUUUGUUUAAGAACAUUUUUUUUCCAACAAUGAAGUUUGUUAAAAAGUUGUUAGAGAAAAAGAGAGCCCAGUGUUAUCUCACAAAUCUUACUCUGAUAAUAAAGACUUAAGAAGACAGA